CCACGUCUUCAGAUCAUAUCCUUUUUUUUUUCUCUCUCUCACUAUCCUCUCAUCUGAACCCUAGCAUCGAUCUCCCUCACCACCGAGGGCUUUUCGACACUACUUCAAUACGUCUUUCCUGCUCACCACCAUGGCGGAGGAAGUCGUUGUAGCUACCGGAGCGGCGAGUCCCGAGCCCUUGGAUCACAAACGCAAGCUUGCAGAUUUGGACAAUGAAGCCACUGAAGCCCCCGAGGAGAACCAUGGCGAGCCCAAUGAGGAGUCUCCUGCUUCUGACGACGCUGACGUUGCAGUUUCUGACGAAUCGGAGGCCAAGCGGCCUCGUCUCGACGGAAAGCCGGAGGAGAAUGCUAGUGAGAAUGGGCAUCAAAAAAAGAUGGUGGAGGAACCGGCUAAGGAAGAUGAUACAUCUGAAGAGGACUCGGAACAUCCUGCUUCAUUGGAGGAGGUUUCUGAAAGAGAGGAAACUGAAAAACCCACUGCAGAGCCUAAUGAAGCAGGUGAUGCUCUGGAUUCUGCGGAGGAAACAGAACAACCUGCUUCAUUGGAGGAGGUUCAUAAAAAAGAGGAAAUUGAACAGCCCACUGCAGAGCCUCAUGAAGCAGGUGGUCCUCAGGAUUCUGCUGCAGAAAUCUCUCAGGAGGACAAAACUCAAGAACUCUCCAAGGAGGAAAAUCAACCUCCGGUAGUUGAGGCUGCAUUGCCGCUGCAGCAGGAGGAUGGUUCUAAUUCUGAGCAUGUUCAAUUAUCAUCAGUGGCCGAAACAACAGCAUACAGGAUGGAAGUUCCUAAUAGUAAGGUUGGUGUUCUCAUUGGCAAGGCUGGAGAUACUAUUAGAUACUUGCAGUACAAUUCUGGUGCUAAGAUCCAAAUCAUGAGGGAUUCAGAUGCUGAUCCAAAUCGUUUAAGUAGACCUGUAGAAAUAGUUGGAUCUUCGGAAAGUAUAAAAAAGGCAGAGGAGUUAAUUAAUGCUGUGAUUGCAGAGGCUGAUGCUGGUGGAUCUCCAUCACUCAUAGCCAGGGGCCUUACUUCAUCACAUUCUAUGGCAACUGCCGAACAGAUUCAGAUACAAGUUCCAAAUGAGAAGGUUGGUUUAAUUAUAGGAAGAGGUGGGGAGACUAUCAAAAGUCUGCAGACCAGAUCUGGUGCACGUAUACAGUUGAUACCCCAAAAUCUUCCAGAAGGAGAUGAAUCUAAGGAAAGGACUAUUAGAGUUACUGGUGAUAAGAAGCAGAUUGAAAUUGCUACAGACAUGAUAAAAGAAGUUAUGAAUCAGACUGUGAGGCCUUCACCACACUCCACUGGUUUUAACCAACAGGCUUACCGGCCCCGUGGUCCUGGUGGUAAUCAAUGGGGUCAACGGGGUCCCCAUCCUUCACAUCCUGCAGCAUAUGAUUAUCCACACAGAGGACCUUAUCCAUCUCAUAAUACCCAGUAUCAGCAUCCUGCAUUUGGAAACUAUCCUCAACAAAUGGGUGGUCCUCGGAGCAGUUAUAGCUCUGGUUGGGAGCAAAGGCCACCCCCCAGUAUGCAAGGGCCACCGCCAAGUUCGGGUGGUUAUGACUACUAUGGUGGAAGAAGCCAUUAUUCAGAUGCUCCACCUUCUCAUUUCCCUGGUGCUAUGCCUGCACAUGCUCCUGGCCCUUCUCCUGCUCCAGCUCUCGGUCCACCACAAACUCAGUCUAGUUACAACUAUAGUCAGCAGCAAAACCAAGGUUAUGGGCAUGCUGCUCCCUAUUCUCAGGCUGCUCCUCAUCAGAGCUAUGGCCAUGGAUAUGAACAGAAAUAUGAUCAUCAUGCUCCAUCGCAGAAUCCAUAUGGUGGGCAUGGGAAUGCUCAGCAACUUUACCCUCAGGCUGGGGCUCAACAGGUUUACCCUGGACAACAACAGUAUGAUAAGCCUCCAUCAUAUGGUGCUCCAGCGCAAGGACCUCCUCCCCAGUCUUAUGGUGCUCCUAGGGUUGGUCAGCCUGGAGAGCCUUAUCAAGGUGGGUCUGCACCUGCUACAUAUGGGCAAAAUGUGCAACCUCAACAGACGUACCAAUACCCAACUGGUGGCUCUACUCAGCAGUAUCCUACCCCCUAUGGCAUACCAAACACAGAUGGUUAUAACCAGGCACCUGCUGCUGCCGCUGCUGCAGCUGCUGCCAAUUACCACCCGCAGCAGGGCAGCCAGGCAGGUUAUGGUCAACCUGGUGUACAGCAACUGUCUUCCUAUGGCCAGCAAGUAGCUCCUGCUGCCGCGUAUGAGCAGUAUCCGACCACCCAACAGGGUUACCCCGAGCAGGCUGCUGCAAAUACUGCUGGAUAUGCUGCAUACCAAGCACCUCAAGAUCCCGCUGCAUAUAGCAGUGCCCAAGCAACUGCUGCAGCAGUUUAUUCUGCGCCAGCCAGUGGGCAACCCACUUAUCCUCAACAGGCUGCAGCUCAGCCAAGCUAUGAUCAGUCAGUUCCACAAUCAGGCGGGUAUGGAACUGUGCCUUCAAGUGCUCCUGUAGGUUACGGGAAAAGUGUGUCGCCACAGCCACAGCCUCAGCCGCAGCCUGGGUAUCCACAGUAUGAUUCUACUCAAGUUUAUGGGGCAAGUCGUUGAAUUUUUGAUAAAUUAGGUUUAGGAUCGUUGGUUGUGUAAGCAGUAAGGAAGAGAGGAGAGGAGAGGAGAGGGUGUUAUUAAUGUGUUGAGAACUUGUUCAAUCCGCUGUGUAGGGGAUUGACUGUUGUAUUUGCAUUGCCUGCCUUCAUAUCGACCAAGUUAUUAAAAGCAUUCGGUUUAUAUAUGUUAUGAUGUA